ACUUGGCAACCACGCAAUUUUUUAGUCGUUGACGUUUAGGUUUGGCUUCUGAGGUUAUGAACAGUUGUUUGCAAUUCUGUGUAUUGUGCUCAGUUUGGCAUUCUCAUUUUAUCUUAAAACUAGCAAUUUUCUAAGUAUUUGGUUCCUUUAGUAAAUAUCAAUAGUACUAAAGUCAUGGAGGAUGAAAUGGAACGUUUUGAAAUCACAGAUUAUGAUCUAGAAAAUGAGUUUACAAUCAAACAUAGAAAAGGCCUAAGUAAGCAUCAGCAAAUCUAUGGUAUAUGGGCGGACGACAGCGAUGAAGAUUCCGGUGAAAAGAAGCACAAUAGGAGCAGCAAAAAGCCUAAGAACUAUUCAGCCCCUAUUGGGUUUGUCACAGGUGGUGUACAACAAGCAGGCAAGAAAGAGAAGCUAAAAGAGGAGGAGAAAAUGGAAGAUGAUAAUUCAGAUAUUGAUGAAAAACCAAGUACAUCUUUUAAUAUGCAAAGGAGUUCAGAUUCUGAAGAAGAAAUGCCUUCGAGAAUUGGAUUUGGAUCUUCUCGCAAAUCUUCCCAGCCACCACAACAAUCCACAGUAACAGAAGUCAUUUCUGAUAUUGCUGGGUUUAGAACAAGAAACAAAGUAGAUCCCUCAUUAAUAAACCAAGGAAUGGGUAACUGGGAAAAGCACACUAAGGGAAUAGGAGCGAAGUUACUUCUUCAGAUGGGGUAUGAGCCAGGAAAAGGUCUCGGCAAAGACCUGCAGGGCAUAUCUGCACCUGUACAGGCACAUCUGCGGAAAGGUAGGGGUGCUAUAGGAGCUUAUGGUCCAGAAAAAAGUGCUAGUGUCCCAAAACUGAAGGCUGAAGAUGUAAAACUUCAAGAAGAACAAGGCAAAGGAUCCUCUAGAUGGAAUAAAGCGGAUGUUGGUGGGAAAAACACCCGCUAUUAUUAUAGGAGUGUAGAUGAUGUUAUUGAAAAGGGCAAAAAACCUGGAUAUAAUUUAGGUUCAUCUAGUGAAAUGACAAAAGUAAAAGUGAUAGACAUGACUGGGCCACAACAGAGGGUUCUUAGUGGUUAUCAUGCACUUAGUGGUCUUAAAGCACCGCCAGGAGUCGAGCAUUUCGAAGAUGUUGUGCACAAAAAAUGCCAAAAUUUUGCCUUGCCUGAAAUCCAACAUAAUCUGGAUCUUUUAGUGGAUAUGUGUGAACAGGAGAUUAUAAGGGUGGAUAGAGAUAGUAGGCAUGUACAAGAUAAAAUGGUAGCACUAAAACAGGAGAAAGUUUCUCUACAAGACACUAUUAUGCAAGAAGAAAAACUAGUUGACAAACUAAAAUAUGUGUUGGAUAUAGUGGACAGGUUAUUGGACCCUUCUCAGGACUACUCAUUGGGCCAAAUUGGAGAGAUUUUCUUAAGAUUGUCUAAAGACUAUCCAGAAGAAUAUAGUCGCUAUGAGUUAGCAGAACUUGCUCCAGGUUUAGUUGGUCCACUUUUAACAUCAGCAUUAGCAAAUUGGAAUCCAUUAGAACAGCCAGGCCAAUAUAUGGACUUUUUUAAGCAAUGGCAAAAUAUAUUGAGUGAGAAAAAAGAUGGAAAUAAAGUGGGAAUAUUGCCUUAUGAUAGUCUUUUAUGGCAUACUUGGGUGCCUGUGCUGAGGACUUGUAUUACUAAUUGGAAACCAAGAGAUUGUGACCCUAUGAUUGCACUUAUAGAAGCCUGGAAGCCAAUUUUGCCAGUCUGGAUUCUAAAUAACACCUUUGAUCAAAUGAUUAUGCCUAGGAUUUUAAAGGAGGUAAAGGAUUGGAAUCCUUUGACAGACACCAUUCCAAUACAUUUGUGGAUUCACCCAUGGAUACCUAUUUUAAAUGAUAGACUGCAAGAAAAAGUUUAUCCAGUAAUUCAAGAAAAACUAGGAACAGCUUUGAGUGGUUGGCAUCCAUCAGAUGGCUCUGCAAAGCUUAUGCUCCUUCCUUGGCAAAGGGCUUUAUCACAGGGAACAUUCAUGGCAUUCUUGUGCAAACAUAUUGUACCCAAAUUACAGGAAUGUAUGCAGUCCAUGGUUAUUAAUCCUCACCAGCAGCUUCUGGACCCCUGGCAGUGGGUGGUGAACUGGAAAGAUAUGUUAUCUGUGCCAAAUAUAACUUUGAUUUUGGACAAGUUCUUCUUUCCCAGAUGGUUGCAGACACUGGCAAUGUGGCUUAAUCAAAAUCCCAACUACACUCAAGUAACAGAAUGGUACUUGGGUUGGAAAAGAAUGCUUUCAGAAGACUUACUAACUCAACCAACAAUAAAAGAGAGUUUCCAUAAAGCUUUGGAAAUGAUGAACAGAGCUGUCGGUUUGAUUCAACAACCAGGAGCGAAAGAAUCAAUCUCAUAUUUGUCUAAUAAUGAAUUGAAUACUACUCCACUACCUCCUCCCCCUCCUAAGAUUGAUAGUAUAGCAGAAGCUGUAAGGACAGCUGCAAAGAUACCACAAGGGUUUAAGGAUUUGGUAAUGAAAAGAUGUGAAGAGAGAGGUAUUCUAUUUGUUCCAAUACAAAAUAAAUAUCAUGAAGCCAAGCAGGUUUAUAGAAUUGGUUCAAAUGGAGUGCAGUGUUAUAUUGAUAGGAAUGUUAUUUUUUACAGUCAAAAUAGUCCAACAUGGAUACCAACCUCUCUUAAUAGAUUACUGGAUAUUUCUUCUUAAAAAGUGUCAUUUUAAUAUGUAAUUUAUACUUAUAUUAUGUCAUUUGUGAUUUUAUUUAUGAAUGUAUGUAAGGUCAUAAUUAGUAUUAGGUAAAUUGUUUAGUUAAUAAAAAUUUAUGUACCUAUAAAAAA